AUGGACUCUAUUGAAUUUUCAAAUCGUUCAGCUUAUGCAACUGAAUUGGGCAUUGAGUUCCUUGGCCCUAACGAAUUCGAUCGCUGGCCAGAGACCCAUCGAAGAUUGUUUGAAGAUGUACAAAAGCUCGGCAAUCAAAAAUAUAAUUCGUUCGUUGUUCGCAUCACCAGAGAAUCUAUUCAAAAACCAUGGAUGCGCGCAACAAAGGCGCGCGCCGAGCGUCUCUCAAUGUUGGCCGAACGAUCCUAUCGCGAACACAAAAACGAGUCGGGAUGGAGGUACGCAGUUGAGAACGAGAUCAUGUACCGCUUCACAGUGGAAGUUUCCUGCCCGACUUGUCGCAAUAGGCUAUGGCAAUCUGAAAUACCUGCUGCAACGGGUAGCAUCGAGCAGCAAGCCCGCUCACUAGAGGAUCGACGACGGAAACGCAAGCCAUGCCAGUGUUCAAGCGCUCGAGGUGACAAUAGGUAUGAUGGCGGAGUCAAUAUGCUCUUUUCGGACAGAGCGGAGGCGAUGAUCAAACACAAUCCCCCAAUUGUGAUAUCCACGCAUCCGCGUAAAUUGAAGAAUUCCGAAUUCCCAGAUCGCAUCUUUGGACUACGACAGACCGACAACCUACGAUGUUCGCUAGACUCGCUUGAUAAGAGGCAUAUGGAAUCGUCCAACAUAACUCUGCGUAAUUCCAUAGAGCUGAGUCCAUUUGGUGCCGAGCCUGAGCCUCUACUUUUCCCGUUCUUCAUGAUAGAAGCCAAAUCAAGCCAGGGGGCUGACCGAGCAAAAAAUCUAAUGCAGUCUGCAUUUUGCCUCCGCCGUUUGUUGAAAAUUCAGCAUGACCUUGUCAUCGCAACAGAUGAGGAAACGCAGUGGGCAACAGGGCCGCUCAUAUGGUUUCUUACUACACGUGGAGAACAGUGGGACGUAUACGCAGGAUUUGUGGAAGAAGACGAUAGUGAAGUUGUCAAAUACCCUUUUGUUCAUCUGUGGAAUGGAGACAUUCGCUGGCGGGACGGCGCCUUGCAGCUUCUGCUGGUUAUUGACUACAUCUUUGAUUGGGCUCGUGAUGUCUACCGAGAUGCCAUUAUCAAAGAACUCAGCACAAUAGCGACUGGUGAAGUAAACGACCGAGAUCCAGAUAUUUUUUCGACAAUUUCUCGACAGAUGUCGCAAAUUACUAGCUGGAUGGACCCCGACGAAGCGCAAACCGAGCUCUCAUUCAUUUCUGAAUCAAAUGAUCCCGGCUUUUUGAACAUAAGUCUACCAGAGGGCGUGAUCCGUGAUGCUUCUAUCUUUGAGUCUCGUUUCCUUUUGCUCCAAAUUACUGAGGAUGACGUCGAUAAUUUUCUUCUCUCUUUCUCAUCUGAAGAGGAUGCUAAAUUAUGGCUUCAAAGUGUACUAAAUCAUCUUGCAAACGCCUGGAAAGCUAACACGUGGGAACCACCAGCGGCAUGA